UCAAAAGUGCUUCCACUCAUGGGCAUAGGUGUUUGUUUUCCUCAUUGCUAGCGGGUGGAGCGGGCAUAUGGAUAAUAAAUUUUCGUCUGGGAAUUGAUAUGGGUUUGGCUUGGCUUGGCUUGGCUGUUUUGUUUUUUUUUUUGUUGCUUGCGUUGGGCUCCUUUUCGGCUUCGGCUUUUGCCUUUUGGCAACUUUAUUCUUACCGUUGGUCUGGCUUUUUCAGGUACUGUUUUUGUUAUGCCUUUUUUUCUCAUUGCCUUUUUGUUUUUCCCUCAUCUCGCUUUUGUGGCUGUAGUUGUUUUCUUCUUUUUGUUUUCGACGGAUGCGGCGGGGACAAAAAUUGCCGUGCAUGUCCCAUGGCGCGUUGUUGUUUCUUGUUCUUGUUGCUUGUGUUGCUUGGUUGUUGGGUUUUGCAACAGGUCGCUGGGUUGCGUUGCUCGUUGGCUGCAUUCAUAAACACUGGCGAGAAGGGUUUCAUCCAUCUCCGUUUGUUUGUCCCUUCUCAUCUUAUUCAGCUCUACGAUUCCCCCCUUUUCCCCCCGAUCUUCUUGCUGGUCUGUCGGUCAGUGCCAGGUUGAUGAUCUGCCAGGGAAAAAAGGGAAACGGCUGGACGUCUUAUACCCGUCCACCAACACUUUUUUUUAACAACAUGGGGUGUUUGUUUUUUAUUUUUAUCUUUUUUUUUUCUUUUUUGUGAUUUCCAUUCUUUAGUUUUACACACCUAGGUAGUUUUCAACGGUUAGUUUGCGUGUGUUUUUCUGCUAAAUGGAGCUUAUAGUGGGAUUUUCUAUCGGAUAUAUCCAUGGAUUUCUUG